AUGGGCGUCGGUGGCAAGAAGGCUAAAGCCAAGGACAAGGGCAAGGGUGUGCUGAAACAGAAGAUUAAAAAGAGCAAGAGCCCUGAGAGGACAGUAGACCAGACCACUAGAGAAUCUUCCACGCCUGCCAGUCCAGCCUUAUCUGUACAGGAUCCAGUCGGCCCUCUUCCCGACUCUGUACUUGAAGAAACGUCUUCGCUGGUCAAACCCGACGAGCCAUCACCCGCCAAAGAAGAAGCGACUGGAGAUGCAGAGCCAAGUUUCUCACAGAAACCCGAAAUUGACCUCCCGAAACGACCAAUCUCCAUAAACGACUACCUUGUCGAGGGCGACUUCGACGAACCCGAGCAGCCUCAGGAGCCUGAGAAGCCCCAAGAAACUGAGAAACCAGUGCUAUCAGAGGUAUCAAAAGUACCAGAAGUACCACAGGGACCAGAGAUAUCAGAGGUAUCUGAAGAAGUCAAAAAGCCUGACGUACAGCUACCUGAGGAGCCUUUAGCGAGGCCUGAAGAACAGGUCUCUCCGCAAGACAUUCCUCUCCCACUUGAAGAAGAGGAGCAAGACGAGCAAGACGAGCAAGAAGAGCAAGAAGAGCAAGACGAGCAAGGGGAGCAAGAAGCACCUCUACCCAAGCCAGAGGUUGUCUCUCCGUCUCCAGAGAAGACUCCUCUUGCAUUUGCUCCUGCGACCACGUCCUCACCAGUACCGGCUCUGGUGCCAUUACCGUCGCCUUCCCUGACUGAGGCCCGGUUUAUGUCCAGUGCUUCUCCGGCGCCAGAAAACUAUUACUAUUCUGGGCCACAGCCAUUUGCUCCCUACCCAUCACCCUAUUCAUCUUACCUGCCUUACACCUCUUCUUCCCCUUACGCUUCGCCGUACGCCUCACCCUACGCAUCGCCAUACGCUUCACCUAUACCCAAAGUGAGCAGCCCUCUGGCACGUCCCUAUUACCCCUAUAUACCACCGGCCAUGUCUCCCAUGGCGACUCCUCCUCUUGCCCCUGCCCCAAUUCCGGCGGCACCUGUUCUACCGACAGCUCGACCAACACCACCACCACCCGCACCAGCACCUCAGGCGACCUCCAAAGCGUCUCCAGUUCCUCCAUCGGCACCAACAUAUCCAGCUUCGCCAGCGCCAUCAUUGCCAUCCGCGCCGCCAUCUGGGACUCAAAGUUUUGCCACAGCCGCUCCUAUCCAAUCUCCCCACAUGAACGGACACUAUAUGCAAAGAAGCCUCAGUAUGGAUCCCUCUUAUGCUGCUUCCUUCCAAGCCAUUCGUGACUUGGGAGGUUUGAGUAACGGGGCUCAGCUCGAGAAUGGCAAUCCAUCUCCUCCAGAGACCGAGGCGGAGCAUGCCGAACUCCUUGGGCGUAUCCAAGCUGCUAUCCCCGACUUGAACCGUCUUCUUCAUGGAUUCAGACACACUCACAGUCGACUUUCCAGUCGGGAGGCGGAAAUGAAGCAAAUCGGAAGUCAGCAUGAGCAGGCGCUGUUGCACAAGGACUUUUAUAUCGAAGCAUUGCAAUCCCAAAUGAAGAAAACAGCCAACGAAAGUGCCGAAGAAUGUGCUCGCCUGAAGAACACGAUCAACGAACUACGCCUUGAGCUAGGGAAUCUACAGGAGAAGCAAAAAGAUCUUGAAGAUGGCCUCGCUAAUCACCAGAAGACUAACGACGAGCUUUCCCAAUCCAAGACCGAUCUAGAAGCCGAGAUUGAGAAAUUGAAUACCACUAUUCAAGAAGCACAAGAAGCGCAUACAAAGGAAAGGAGGAGCUCAGAAAUCAAGAAUGAAGACGAAAAAGCCGCCAAUGACGCUUUGGAGGCUCGCGAGAAGGAGCUACGAGACGAGCACGAAGCGAACAAGAGUUCCUGGGAUAAGGAGAAGGAGGAAUUGCAGGAAUCCCUGGACACCAGUCGCAAAGAGCUCGAAGAAGUGAAGGCUGAGCUGGCAUCGAAGAUCAGCGAGGUGGAAUCCAAAAACGAGGACCUCGAGAGCAAAGAAGCCGAGCUCGCCUCUGCUCGUGAUGAAGUCGCCAAUAAGCUCGCUGAUAUAGCCGCCAAGGAGAAGGAGCUUGAAGAAAUCCGCGAGAAGAGCGCCAAAGAACUCGAAGCCCUUCAGGAAGGCCACGCCGGCGCACUUGACUCUCUUAAAGUUGACCAUGCGGCAGAAUUGGCUGGAGUAGCGAAGGAGCUGAGUGAUAAGAUUGCAGAGAUUGAGGGUCAACUCAGCGAGAAGGAGCAAAAUUGGACAGAGGAACGCGCUGAGUUGGAGAAACUUGUCUCUGAGAAGAACAGCGAGCUGUCUAGCAUCGAACGGGAGAAGGACAAGCUGGAAGGCGAUGGCCUUGUGAAGGAAAAGCAACUUCAGUGUGUGGUUGAUGAGAUGAAAUCUACCAUUGACCAUCUUGACAAGGAUUGCGACCGCUUGAGAAAGACGCUACUGAGUCUCGGCGAGGCCACCGAUCUGAAGACGAGCAAGGGCGAUCAAUUCUUUUCGGACUGUUUCACCGAGUUAUCGGGGCUGAUCCACGAUCUUUCCAAGGAGCACUUUGCCUACCUCCCCAUCGACCCGCCCAAGGACAUCCUUUCUAAGAUCCCAUCCGAGCUCCCGCCAUUCCUCGACAACACCCCAGCCUCCCGCAACCUCCGUUGCGCGUACAUCGAACACGUCAUCUCGAAGACGUUGACCUAUCGGGUCUUCCAACCUUUCCUGUUCACCCUGGGCCGCCGCUACGACAAAGCCGACACUUUCUUCCAGAUGCUGUCGAUGGACAUUCGCCGGAAGUCUGUCCGUCGUGAAGCUUUCUGGCGCCAGCAGACUCUGAAGGCGGCUUACACGACCUCCGACGCCAAGCAGUCUAUCAAUGUUGCGGCAGCCGUCAUUGUCGACGAGAUCAUCGACCACAUUAAGCACUUCGCCGACCCUAAGCACCUCGACUCACUCCUGACCGGCGUGCGCAAGAUUGUCAAGCUCGCAGCCGAGACAUGGCGCCAUGCGCGGGUAGAGCGCGAGCUUGUUCUAGCUGCCUUCCCGGCUCCGGACGCGGAAAACGCUUCCAAUGAGGGCUGGGGCGAAUAUGAUGUUACUUCCAAAGAGGAUGCUAGUUCGAAGGCGGAUCCAACUCGCCACGUUGUGCUGCGUACCUUCCCUCGAGUCUGGCGUGAGGCCGCCCAUGAAGACUUCGCUUGUGGCGAGCGCGGCGCCCUUUGUGUCUACUCGCAAGGCAUUGUCCUCUUCUCCGAUUCCCCCGUCGUCAUGCACCGGCUACAGGAAUUGGCCAAGAAGUCCACUGAUAGCUUGGUAGCUGAGGAGCCGCUGUCCCCCCCUAAGACGCCUAAGGGUUUGCGACCGGAUAAUCUGACGCUCAAGGGUCUUGAGAAGCUGACCAACCUGACAGUCCAGUCGGCUCCUACGAGUCCCACCAAGGGCACAAAUACCAAAGGGCCUUUUGUGAAGGCUUAA